CGAGUCCAUGAGCCCAUUCAGGACGGAAAUCCAGUUUCGCCGCCGGACAGCAGAGAACCUUGGGCGCUACUCUGCUUCGACGCCUACUUAUCCAUCCCUGACCAACAGAGCAAACAGAACACCCAAGAACUGAAUCAUGGACAGCACAGGCAAAUCGGUGAUGGCGACCAGCGAGGGGCCGAGCAUCCUCUUCCUCCCGUUCCCGGGGGCGCAGGGCCACGCGAACCCGAUGCUCCAGUUCGGCCACCGCCUGGCUUACCAGUACGGCUUCCGCCCCACGCUCGUCGUCACCCGCUACGUGCUCUCCACGGCCCUGCCCCCCGACGCGCCCUUCCGCGUGGCCGCCAUCUCCGACGGCUUCGACGCCGGCGGCAUUCGGUCGUGCCUCGACAUGGCGGAGUACUGGCGCCGGCUGGAGGCGGUCGGGUCGGAGACUUUGUCGCGGCUCAUCUCCGACGAGGCGCGCGAGGGGCGGCCCGUCAGGGUGCUCGUGUACGACCCGCACGUGGCGUGGGCGCGGCGGGUGGCACGGGAGGCCGGCGUGCCCGCGGCGGCCUUCUUUUCGCAGCCGUGCGCGGUGGACAUCUUCUACGGGGAGCUGCACGCGGGGCGGAUGGCGAUGCCCGUCACGGAGGCGGACGCGCGAGCGCUGCUGGUGCGCGGAGCGAUAGGGGUGGAGCUUGCGCUGGAUGAUGUGCCGCCCUUCGUGGUCGUGCCGGAGUCGCAGCCGGUGUUCACCAAGGCGUCGAUUGGGCAGUUCGAAGGGCUGGAGGAUGCCGACGACGUGCUCGUCAAUUCCUUCCGCGACAUCGAGCCAAUGGAGGUAGAAUAUAUGGAGUCAACGUGGCGAGCCAAGACGAUAGGCCCAACCUUGCCGUCAUUCUACCUUGAUGACGACCGUCUGCCAUCCAACAAGUCUUAUGGUUUCAAUCUCUUCAACGGUGGUGAUGCAGUUUGCAUGAAAUGGUUGGAUCAACAGAGCAUGUCAUCUGUUGUGCUUGUGUCCUAUGGGACUGUCUCCAACUACGACGAAUCCCAGCUAGAGGAGCUAGGAAAUGGACUAUGCAGUUCUGGCAAGCCUUUUAUUUGGGUUGUGAGAUCCAACGAGGCACACAAAUUGUCAGGCGAACUCAAGGCGAAAUGCGAGAAGAAGGGACUAAUUGUUUCUUGGUGCCCCCAACUCGAGGUUCUGGCACACAAGGCCACGGGUUGUUUCUUAACACAUUGUGGAUGGAACUCCACAUUAGAGGCGAUCGUUAACGGUGUACCUGUAGUGGGAAUUCCACAUUGGGCAGACCAGCCAACCAUCGCGAAGUAUGUGGAGAGCGCAUGGGACAUGGGCGUGCGAGUGAAGAAAAGCUUGAAUGGACAACUAAGGAGGGAGGAGAUCGAGAGAUGCAUCAAGGAGGUGAUGGAUAGUGAGAGGAAGGAUGAGUAUACAAGGAAUGCCGCGAAGUGGAUGCAAAAGGCCAAGGAGACAAUGCACGCGGGAGGAAGCUCAAACAAACAUAUUGCUGAAUUCGCUGCUAAGUAUUCGUCAAGUUAAAAGUUAUAGCUAUGCAAUCUUUUACUUCAUGAUAAAUAAUUACGCAAUGAUUUGUUAUUCACAAAAUGUUUAGGGCCGAAGGAGCACACAUUUGCCCUACAUAUUUUGGAUAACCUAAUCAUACCUCCUACAUCAUUUCUGGUCUUUGUCACUUUUUACUUUUGGAUGUUUCGAAAGUGGGA